AUGGCCCGUCUCAGCAUUUCAUUCCUCUCGGUGCUGCUUGUGCUGGCCGCGCUGGCCAUGUCAGUGCCUGUCAAGCGUGACGAAGCCAAGGCCGGAGCCCUCAGUCUGGACAGUGCCCUUGGUCCUCUGGGAGGCGUCACCAAGAUGAUUCCCGGCCUCGACCAGGACGACGGAAAGCCCAAGAUGUCCGAGGAGGAAAAGAAGCAGAGGAAGGAGCAGGAAGAGGAGCAGCAGAAGAAGGAUGACGAAGCCACCAUCGCCAAGGCCAAUAAGAAGAUCGCUGAGGCUGAUGGAGAUGCCCAACCCACUCCUACUGCCACCACCAAGAACAACAAGUCCUCUGGCAACUUUGUGACUCCCUCUGCUACUCCCACCCACAAGGCCAAGUCCAAGCCCAACGCCUUGGGCAAGAUCCCCAUCGUAGGUGGUCUCCUUGGAGGAUCUGGAGUUGGCCUUUAA